AUGAAGAAUUUCUUGUUUUCUUUAUACUUCUUGUUCCCUAUAAUCUUUACAAUUAUUCUCAUCCUCCUUACUCCAAUUCCAAGUGCACAAUUAACACCAACAGAAACCAAAGUCCUUCUUCAAAUUCAAACACUUCUUGAAUACCCUCAACUUCUUCACAAAUGGAAGAAUUUCACCAACUUCUGCAACCUCUCUCCAUCACCUUCCUUCACCAUCAUCUGCUCAAGGAAUCAUGUAACCGAAUUAACAAUCAUUGGAAACAAAACAAAGCCAGUUUCAGCAAGAUUCUCCACUGAUUCUUUUUUCACUGUUUUAACAAAGCUUUCAAACAUGAAGGUUCUGUCAUUGGUUUCACUUGGUUUAUGGGGUCCAUUGCCUUUUAAAAUCACUAGGUUUAAGUCUCUUGAAGUUUUCAACAUUACAUCAAAUUUCAUAUAUGGAGAAAUUCCAUUAUCAGUUUCAUCUUUGAAGAAUCUCAAGAGCCUUGUUUUGGCUGAUAAUUUUUUCAAUGGAAAUGUACCUAAUCUCACAAGAUUAACCUCUCUUGAAGAGAUUAAUCUUAGUAACAACCGAUUCGGCCCCGAGUUUCCUGCAUUUUUGUUCUCUCUUCCUUUAAUAUACAGCCUAAACUUGGCUUCAAAUCAGUUAACUGGUUCAAUUUUCGGGAAUAUAUCUUGUAGUCCUUCUUUGAAAUUUCUUGAUAUCUCACACAAUUUUCUACAAGGAAAACUGCCAUGGUGCAUUGAUUCGAAUUCGUUAAACCGAACAAUAUUUUAUUCUGGCAACUGUCUGUCAACAAGAAAUCUCAGUGAUCAACAUCCAUCAUCGUAUUGCAAGAAAUCGACAGUGUUGAAUGUUAAGCCGAGAUUCGAGAGGCCGAAUGAAUCAAAGAAGCCACUAGGAGGAGUACUAAUCGGUGUUAUCGGAGGUUUCGUAGGAGCUGCAGUGCUUUUGAUUCUAGUCUUUCUGUUCAUUUUGAGAAAGUUCAAUGCAGAAAAAGUUUCUGUCACUGCAUUCUCAAGACCAAAUAUUUAUGCAAGUAAAAGAAAUGUUCCUCAGCUGGUGAGGAUAGCUUCAAAUGGAUUACCACCUUAUAGAAUUUUCAGAAUAAAAGAAAUUGAAGAUGCAACCGAUAACUUCGACUCGUCGAAUAUAUUAGGAGAAGGAUCACAAGGAAAGCAAUAUAAAGGUAGACUCAAAGAUGGUUCAAUGGUCAUGGUUAAUCAGAUAAGUUUGAGCAAAAUCAUUGAUCAGAAUUUGAAGGUGCUACCUUACUUAAGGCAUAGGCAUUUGGUGAGUGUUAUAGGUCACUGUGCUAUUAACAAUGAGGAUCAUCCCAAAAUGAAAAGCACAAUGUUCAUUGUAUUUGAACACAUCUCAAACAUGUCAUUGAAGAUUCAUCUUACAGAUAGGAUAAAAAGUGAGAUGCUAAAGUGGCAACAAAGAAUGACGAUUAUCAUCGGCAUUGCAAGAGGAAUCGAGUUCUUACACACUGGAGUAACUCCUGGCAUAUAUGGAAACAACAUUAAGAUUGAGAAUAUUAUGUUGGACAAUAGUCUUAAUCCAAAAGUUAGUGGAUAUAGCAUUCCAUUUCCAUCCAAGAAAGGUUCUGAGAGAAAGCAUAAACAAAAGAAUGGGCCUAAUCAUAUUAGCAGUAUAAAUAGUGCAGAAAAAGAAGACAUAUAUCAAUUUGGUUUGAUUCUACUUGAACUUAUCACUGGAAAACUAGUUACAUCAUCUAUGGAAGUUGAGGUGCUGAAGUAUGAGCUUGAGAGAGGUUUAUGUGAAGUUGCAUCACCGAACGCGUUGAGGAGUGCUAUCGAUCCUUUGCUCCAUGGAACUUAUGCACAUGAAUCAUUGAAGACUGCAGUUCUGAUCACCAUCAACUGUCUCAGCAAGGUUUCUGGUGACCGGCCGUCUAUAGAAGAUAUUCUCUGGAAUCUGCAGUACUCCAUGCAAGUUCAAGAAGGAAGGUCCAGCAAAGCCUCAACAUGA